GCGCAAAUAUAUGACAAAUGGAUGAAUUAUUCAUUUUUUCUUCGUUUUAUGUUUUUUUGUAUUUCUUGGCCCACCUGCAUAAAUGACGUCACAGGCAACGGCGACGAGAAACGCACGCGGGAAACAGAAGUAACCCGCAACGCUUCCUUCACCUGCAAAAUCUGUUCAACAAUAAACCACGUUGCUCGUUUUCGACCAAAACGCUCAUCUUGCAACAACAUCAUUCUGACGGGCUGUAAUCACAUUUGGAAGAGUCGAAGUUGCCAAACUGAAUUACACAGGCGAAUGGAAGGAAGAUGUUCUGAUGAUGUUAUGGUUGCUCUGCCCAGUCGCAAGUACACGUUCUCAAGCGCCACAAUAAGAGUUGAAUCAACUCUCAAGCACACAGGAAGAAGGAGAAGCCCUUCACAAUAAGAGUUUGUGUAAUGCUGCCGAGGGAUGGGAGAGUCUCGACUCAUCAUGGAGGAGCUGCUAGCUCUCUGUCUCCAGCGAAUCACAAUUGAGGAAAAUGCCCUGAACACAGAGCUUGAGUUUAUUGAGGUGGUGAAAAACGUCGAGAGCGUCAGGAAGCGAUGGCUGCACGCCGAGACGGAGCUGAAGAAGUACAAGGAGCUGCUGGUCAAGUCGGACGUGGCCAAAGCCGGGCUGGAGGUCAAACUCAAGCACGCCCGCAACCAGCUGGACGUGGAGAUGAGGAAACGCUACAAGAUUGAAGGCGACUAUCAGUACCUGCAGAGGCAGAUGCAGCUCAUGUGCGACAUCCUGGUUCACGACAGCAAAUCCAGCGCGUGUUUGAACGAGGAGCAGAAAUCCCUUUUGGCCGCCUUCGAACACAAAGGUGCCAAUAAGACCUUGCACCGCAGCAGCAAACGGUUGUCCGCCAUCGACGAGUCGUCCUUCUUUUCGCACUCCGACAUCAGCUACGAUCGGACAGAUGACGACAUGGACCUGGACGCAAGUAUACUUAAACCUCUCAGGUCCCGAGCCCGAGAGAGGAGGCGUUCGUCGAUGGGUGUGACCGUUGCUGCACCGGUAGCAAAGCGAGGGCGAAGCGGGAAUAUUUCUAUUGAGCUGCCGGAGCAAAAAACUGUGGAGAAGGAGGUGGAGACCACCGUCAAGGCAUUAGUGACGACCCCUGACACUGGAGGUCGCGUUCACACGGUGGUCGGAAUCACGCAGGAGACGCCUGAAGACCUCACACAGGAAUUUGCUGUUCCUGACAGUGCCAGAGAUCAAACCUCUGUGUGGUUUCCGUGUGAUCCCGAUGAAGCUCAAGUGCGGACGGAAAAAUGUCAGAAACACGUCUUUCUGUCUAAAACGGUGAUCCGGCCCGAGAUGUGUUUGCCUUGCGGGAAGAGGAUCCGCUUUGGCAAGGUGGCUCUCAAGUGCAGGAACUGCCGCAUCGUUUCUCAUCCUGAGUGCAAACAGAAAUGCGCGGAGACGUGCGCAUCCAGGGCGGCCGGAGCCGCAGGAAGUGCAGAGCAGAUGGUAGCGAGCUUUCAGGCGUUUUGCAAAAAGUUAGCAAGGGCGUUGCGUUCAUGCGUCUGCUCAUCAGGUCUCACUGGAGGAUUUUGCUCCUACGACCCAUCCAAGGAUUCCCGCGCUCAUCGUUGCGUGUGUGAAGGAGAUCGAGAGGCGGGGCUUACAGGAGGUGAGCUCGCCGGUGGCGGUCAGCCGGAGUCCCGGAAAAGUCCAGACUUUUCUUUCCGCUUUCAGCGAGGCCUCUACAGAGUUCCCGGCGGCGAGCGUCAGGUCAAGGAAUUGCGCGAUCGCUUCCUGGGUGGGAAAAAAACGCAGUUACAACUGAGUAGCGUUUCGGACAUCCACGUGGUUUGCGGCUUCCUCAAAGACUUCCUGAGGAAGCUGAAAGAACCUCUGGUCACCUUCAAACUCCACCGCAACUUCAUGGCGGCUUCGGGUACGAUAAAGGCUUCCUCCGAUCGCCGCAGUGUUGUUUCGCGCCGUCACGUCCUAACUUUGUUGCCAGAGAUGAGCGACGGGCAGAAGAGUUCAGCCGCCGUGAUCCGGGCCGUCGCAGAGCUGCCCAAGCCCCACAGAGACACGCUGGCCUUCCUCAUGCUUCAUUUCCACAAAGUGAUGCAAAGUCCACAGUGUCAGAUGGACCAGAAUAAUCUUUCCCGGGUUUUUGGACCAACCCUGGUGGGACACGGACUGGCGGAACCGUCGCCGUCAACAAUCAUGCGCGACACCAAUACUCAGCCGAAGGUCGUUUUUCGCUUCUUGUCGCUCCCCGAAGACUACUGGAGGCGUGUGCUCAGCGUCCACGCAGUCUCCUCUUCGCAUAAAAGCAGCAACCAGGGUCAAGGACAGGGAGCUCAUUUCUUCGAUCCGCUAACGUCGCCCGAGCUGAGCAGUUACCAGGGCGUGCCCGGCAGGGCGUUCGUUCAAAGUCGCACUAAGAACGUGGGGAGCAGUGGGUGCGCCGAGCCGGGGAGGAGGUUCUUCACGUCACCCAGCUGACACAAUGUUCAUCCAGCUUAGUAGCAAG